AUGCAGUCCAUAUUUAAGAGAAAGAAGAUUGCAAAAUUUAAUUUCCGUAUCUCGUUUCAACACUUGAUGAAGCUACCAAAGAGUGGUAUUAUAUUGUAUAUAUCAUGGAAACGAGGAAAGAAACACAAAGGAGAAACUAAAAAAGCCUUUGUGAAAGAUAAAACGGCUGUUUGGGAAGAAGAAAUUCAAUUCAAAGGAACGUUGUUUAAAAAUUCAAAAGGAAAAUAUAAGAAAAAGUUUUUGGAAUUGUAUAUACAUGAAGUAGUCCGAGACAAGAAGAAGAAGGGAGAAAUAGGACACAUAUCAAUUAAUUUAGCUGAUUUUUCUUCUCUGCAGAUGGAGCCUCACUCCGAGAUUAGGACAUUUACUGUUCCGCUAUGGGGAGGUCAUCGAAUGGAGAGUUGA